AUGAUUAUCCGUUUUAGAUCCAAAGGAGGCAUGAUCAGAGUCAAUGUCGAUGCCUCUUCGACGUUUUCAGACGCAUUGAGUCAAGUGCAGACACAGCUAGGCUUGCAAAAUGACGACUUCUACAUCAGCAACGCCCCCAACAGUCCAGGGAAACAUUCUGCCGAGUUACGCCACCAGACAAUCCAGCAGUUGGACCUACAUCACGGAGAUAUUUUGUUUGUAUCCAAUGAGACCCAAUCCGUCUCUGAAGCGGCGCCCGUGGUGGCUCGCUCGACGAAUGGUGCUACUGUGACAAUCGAUGCUGGAACGGUGCCCUCGCUUGAUAUCAAGCAGAUCCAACAAUUGCCACUCGACGACAUGUUAGACAAGGCAGACGGAUCCAUUCCUCGUAAGAAGUCGUCUAUGUGUAGACAUGGCGACAAGGGAAUGUGUGAGUAUUGCUCGCCCUUGCCUCCUUGGGACAAGGCCUAUUUGGAAGAGCACAAGAUCAAGCACAAGUCCUUCCAUGCACAUCUCAAGGAAAUCAACGAGCACAACAACAACAGAAACAAGUCUUCUUCCUAUAUUGCGCCCUUGACGGAGCCUGACUAUUCAAUUGAUUUGAAUUGCACCAGUGGGCAUGCGCCUUACCCACACGGAAUAUGUAGUAAGUGUCAACCAGCUCCAAUCACUCUUCAGCAACAAGGGUUCAGAAUGGUGGACCAUGUUGAAUUUGCUGACCAUAGCGUUCUCAACGAGUUCAUUGAUGCAUGGAGACAAACAGGAAUGCAACGCUUUGGAAUUUUCUACGGAAGAUACGAGGCCUACGAUAAAGUUCCUUUGGGCAUUAAGGCUGUAGUAGAGGCAAUUUAUGAGCCUCCACAGGCCUGUGAACUGGACGGAAUUACAUUACUAGAGUGGGAGGAUCAAACCUUUGUAGACUCGGUUGCUGAAUCCCUCGGAUUGUGUCAAGUUGGAAUGGUUUUCACAGACUUGACGGACUCUGGGCAAUCCAAUGGCUCUGUGCUCUGCAAAAGGCAUAAAGAUUCUUUCUUCUUGUCUUGCAUUGAAGUUUUAAUGGCAUCUCGUAGCCAAUCGCUCCACCCAAACAUAACCAAGCACUCCGAGUCCGGGAAGUACUCUUCAAAGUUUGUUACAUGUGUCAUCACUGGUAACCUCAAGGGUGAAAUUGAGCCCCGUGUCUAUCAGGUUUCUGCAAGCGCAGAGGCCUUGGUCAAAGCGGAUGACAUUGGCGCUUCCACCCAUCCAAACAUGGUGUGCGUGAAGGAAACCAUGGGUAAAAGAUAUGUGCCGGAGGUGUUUUUUUCGAAAAUCAACGAGUACGGUUUAGAGGUUAAAGAAAACGCUAAGCCAGCGUUCCCUGUCGAUUUCUUGUUGGUGACCCUACUGGACUCCUUUCCUUUGGAGCCAACACCAAUGUUUAGACAAAAAUUCCCAAUCGAAAAUCGAGACUAUAUGGGAUCGCUCCAAAAUUUGAAGUCUGUCAAAAAUGUGUUGAAUCUGGGUGAGUACAACGUCGCAUUAUCUGACUUCCACUUUUUGGUCUAUGUCUUGAAAAUGGGCGUUUUGGGCGAGAGCGAUUCCCAAGUGUUACUUCGGUAUAUUAAGGAUAAAAAUGAUGAAGAGCUCCAGGCGCUCGUGAACAGCGGGAGCUGGAUGACGUUGCUUACGAUUCUUGAGCACAGCGACUAA